GUGAUUCUACUACAUAGAACGUUAUAGUCAGACAGCAUCGUAUGCGUUGGCUCCAUUCUGUUCACUUGAUUCGCGUUCUUCAAACUUCUUCGUGUCCCUUAUUCACUACGCGUCUUUUCCCAUAUAUCUUUUUCUUAUUACGAAUAUAUACUAGAAUUCCAGCUGUCUUGUCCAGUGUAAUAGUCGAACGUGUAAAGUCGAAGAUGAAUGUCGUUACGGCGAUACUUUUGGCGGUCACCUGUCUUAGCUACGCUAUUGCAAAUAUUGAUUUUGAUGAAGGUGUAUUGGUAAUUAACAAAGACAAUUUUGAAUCUGCGAUCCAAGAUAAUGAAUUCAUUCUUAUCGAAUUCUAUGCACCAUGGUGUGGACAUUGUAAAGCAUUGGCACCUGAAUAUGUAAAAGCAGCCAAGCAAUUGGCUGAUUCAGGUUCGGAAAUUAAGUUAGCUAAAGUUGAUGCGACUGUAGAAACUGAAUUAGCAGAGAAACAUGGUGUGAGGGGAUAUCCCACUCUUAAGUUUUUCCGUAAAGGAAUUGCUAUUGAAUACAAUGGUGGACGUUUAGCAGAUGAUAUUGUAAAUUGGCUUGUUAAAAAAACAGGACCUGUUGCUAAAGACUUACCUUCUGUAGAGAAAGCUAAAGCUUUUAUUGAUGAACAUGAAGUUACAAUAAUUGGAUUCUUCAAGGAUUUAGAAUCUGAAGCUGCUAAGGUAUUCUUGGAAGUUGGAAAUGCAGUUGAUCAUUACACGUUUGGUAUCUCCAAUGCUGAUGAAGUAUUAAAAGAAUAUGAAGCAGAAGAUGGUACUAUUAUAUUGUUUAAGAAGUUUGAUGAAGGCAAGGCUAAAUUUACAGAAGAACCUACCUUCAAGAAUAUUCAAAACUUUAUCAGUGUAUAUUCAUUACCUUUAAUUGUUGAUUUUAACCAAGAUACAGCUCAAAAGAUAUUUGGUGGUGACAUUAAGAGUCAUCUUUUAGUUUUUCUAAGCAAAAAAGAUCGUAGUUUUGACAAAUUAGUUAAAAAAAUUGAGGAGCCUGCAAAGAAAUUCCGUGGACAGGUUUUGUUUGUAACUAUUGAUUCGGAUGAAGCUGAUCAUGAGCGAAUCUUAGAAUACUUUGGCAUAAAGAAUAAAGAUGUUCCUGUUAUGCGUCUUAUUAAAUUAGAAGGAGAUAUGAUAAAAUACAAGCCUGAAAAUCCAGAAAUAAGCAGUGAAAAUGUUUUAGAAUUUGUAAAUGCUUUCAUAGAAGGCAAGUUGAAGAGACAUUUACUUACUGAGGAUUUGCCUAAAGAUUGGGAUAAACAUCCUGUUAAAGUUCUUGUUGGUACUAACUUCUAUGAAGUUGCAUUUAAUAAAGAAAAAGACGUUUUAGUUGAAUUUUAUGCUCCUUGGUGUGGACAUUGCCAACAGCUUGCACCUAUUUAUGAAGAAUUAGGAAAGAAAUAUAAAGAUAGUGAAUCUGUAGUGAUAGCAAAAAUGGAUGCUACUGUGAAUGAAUUGGAAGAUAUAAAGAUUAUCAAUUAUCCGACUAUUACCCUUUACAAAAAAGGAACAAAUGAGGCUGUCGAUUACAACGGCGAGAGGACACUCACGGAAUUAGCUAAAUUCAUUGAAUCUGGUGGUGUAUAUGAUCAAGCUGCAAAAGAGGUUCAGGAAGAAGAUGAAGAUGACGAUGUGCCAAGAAAAGACGAAUUAUAGGCGCACAUAAUCAAAUGGAAUAAAAUUACUAUUGUCCCUUCUAUUUCCUGCAUCCAAUCAAUGAAUUCCACGAUUUCCUCUUAAACAAACAUUCGUUUAUACAAAGAUCUUUUUAAAUGGUGCAUCUUCAUUUAUUAUAUUUAAGUUUUAUAUUUCUAAAUCAAGGCGUCGUACUGUACAAUUAAUUAUUAAGGAAAAAAUUGCAUUUCAGGGUUCUUGAAAUAAGUCUAGUAUCGUUGUGAGUGGCACGAAGUGUUUAUUAUGAUCAUUUUUUAAAAUCUUUACUUCGAUAUUAACUCAUACAAAGACAGAUGUUAACUUAUACGUUUUAUAUACUAAUCUUAUUAUGAGUCAGUAACCCCUGAAAACUGCAAUGUUUUCAGAUUGUGCCUGCUUCCGUUGUCGUGAUAUCAAUGAGUGUGAAAACAGGAUACGUAAAUAAUCAUGAAGCUAAGUUUGGUACACCUAAGCCAAUUUUUAUUUUUAUAUAAGAUAACUUAUUGCAAUGGACUGUAUUUUUCAAACUAAUACAGUAAGAACAUUGCAUAAUCACGAUAUUAGAGGCAACGACUCAUACAUAUUACAUUUCCAUUACAGCAUUUACAUCAAUCAUUAACUUGAUUGUCUUGAACUCUAGUGUAGGCAGCGAUUUUGAUGUUUUCCUAAAUUCAAUGGACUGAAAACUAGGGAGCUAUAGCCCAUUUAACGAGAUGAGUCAUGUAUAUAAGUAAAUAUACGUGAUGAGGAUAUUAUUGGGUCAGGAACGUAUUCAGAUAGUUUAAUCAUUUUCAAGUGGGAAGUCGAAGUAAGCCCUAACAAUGUCCUAUGUAAAUUCGCUCCUGAAUUCAACAAUUGACUACCGUUCGCCAGCCAAUAGCUGAAGUCUCGUGCAUCUAUCACGCGCUUACCACACGACUGUUUUGUUUAUGUCUCUUGACUCGUCUCGUUGAACGAACUAUAGUAAUCUGAUAUAAAUUGAGAAAAAGAAACAAAUGAAUUAUAUCUCUAAGUCUUUAUUAUAUAUUAUUCUUAAUAUAUAAAAUAUUAUUCUA